AUGUCACAUUACACCAACGGGCACGGUGUUUCUGGAGCUGGAAUGAGCGGAAGCAACGGCGUAGUGGCGGAGAAACAUGGCAAAGGCGCUCCUUCUCGAGUCAAUCUCCCUGGACAUCUAUUGUACGAGGAUUCAAAUGUGGACAGAGAGGAGUUUGUUCGAUUGUUGCUGCAGAGUUUAAGAGAUGUGGGUUAUACUGAGUCAGCAGCUACGUUAGAGGCCGAGUCAGGGUAUUCAAUGGAGGAACCGCAGGUCAAACGAUUUAGAGAGUAUAUAGUGAGCGGAAUGUGGUCAAAGGCGGAGGAUGCACUGCUGCGGUUAGGCAUAGUAAACGAGGAUAAUUUAUGGGAUGCCAGAUUCUUAAUAAAUAAGCAGAAAUAUCUAGAGCUUUUGGAAGUCCAAAAAACUACCGCUGCUCUCCAUGUAUUACGAGCUGAACUAGCACCAUCAUGUCCUGAACCCGCUCAAUUGCAUGUAUUGUCAAGUUUGAUGAUGUGCACUGAGCCGGAAGACGUUCGACAGCGCGCAGGAUGGGACGGUGCCUCGGGUCAAUCGAGACACCAACUGCUCCUGGACUUACAUCGUUUCAUUCCCCCAUCUAUCAUGAUUCCACAACGAAGGUUUCUCACCCUUCUACAACAAGCACACCAAGACCAACUCCGACGAUGCAUAUAUCAUAACACACCCCUUGAAUCAACGCCACUCUCGUUAUUCAGCGAUCAUGAGUGUAAUAAGGACGGCUUUCCUGGAGUUACAACAACGGUAUUACAAGGGCAUGUGGAUGAGGUUUGGAAUGUGGAGUGGAGUCAUGAUGGCACUUAUCUUGCAAGUGGAAGCAAAGACAAAACUGCCAUCAUAUGGUACAUGGGGCCAGAUACAAGGAAAUGGGAAGCACACUUGAUCCUUAGGGAUCAUCCAUUUCCCGUGCACAGUAUAGCAUGGUCAUCAGACGAUUCCAUGCUGCUCACAGGCGCCGAGCAUUUCAUCAAAUUAUGGGACGCAAAGACGGGUUCCUGCAUUCGAACAAUGGAUGAGCACACCGAGACCGUGACAGCUCUCUCGUGGCUUCCAGAUGGUUCAGGCUUCAUAUCAGGGGCAUUAGAUCGCAAGAUUAUACAAUGGGAUGCGGAGGGCAAGAAAAAGCUCUCAUGGGGCCUGACAGAUAUACGGGUUACAGACCUCGCCGUUACACCAGAUCUCUCACGCGUGGUGACUAUCGGAAUGCAUGUUCCAACUCCAUCGGAGUCUUCAUCACUGAGAGGAGCCCGUAAUAGUGGUAGUUCCGGCGAUGGUACGACGUCAAACUCAAGUGGGAAUCCCUCGUCAGUGAAUGGGAUAGCACCUACUGAGAAUAGAUUUGUCAUAUACCAAUUAUCAACAAGACAAGUAGAGUCUUCCAUCAAGUUGGACGGUGAGCUUACGAGCGUGAAGGUUUCGCAAGAUUCCCAUUACGCCCUAAUAAACCAUUCACCCGAUGAGAUCCAACUGUGGGACCUUCGUCUUGGUCGAAUGGCUCGAAAAUUCACAGGUCAACGACAAGGUCGACACAUUAUCCGAAGCUGCUUCGGUGGGAUCGAUGGUAGUUUUGUUGUCAGUGGCAGUGAAGAUGGAAAUGUCUAUGUAUGGCAUCGCGAGACUGGCUCUUUGCUCGAAGUUCUGUCUGGACAUGGGGAAGGGAGUGUGAACUCAGUGGCAUGGAACCCGGCGAAUGAGCGCAUGUUUGCGUCGUGCUCUGAUGAUAAAACUAUCCGCAUAUGGGAGGCACCCAAGCCCGAGACGAGUCUAGACGUGUCAGGGCAUACCGACUAUCCGGUAUCCUACAAUGGGAAGGGGAAAGGAAAGACACGCCAGGUGGAUGGGGAGGCAGAGAACGCCGGAAUGGCAAGUCCUUCUACGCGAUUGUGA